UGGAAUAUUGCACGCGCAAGCGUCCCGACGUCGACGUCAACGAUAGAGAAGUGUCUACGUACUGAUUAGGGUCGACGGGACGAGGGAAGAAACCACGAGUCGAAAGCGAGUACGCUUUAUAUACAAGAGAUGCAUAUAAACGUGCUGGUGGGCGCGCAACUGCGUGAAAGCUCUGUCCCCUUUUCAGCAAUAUUAAUGUUGCAGAUACUCAUUGCGUCUAUUAUUACAAUAAUAAUUACAUUCAUAAUAUUAAUUGUGAACAUAUUGAUUAUUUAGUAAAACAGGCAUUCUAUAUGCUCGAGAUAAAAGACAUAAAUCGAUUACAGGCUUUCCAGGUCAGCGGCGCCGAUGUGUCCAUGAACUGGAAUCAUUAUGGAUGCUCGGUGCAUGAGAGCGGCGUGUGGUGGUUACCCCGGGCAAACGCCGUAGUGGGUGGUUGGGCAGACGAGAGUCGCGACACGUCGCGGCGGUGUGCUUGAGGAGGGCGCAGAACAGCUCGGCGCAGCGCACGUCAGAGAGCGUAAGACGAACGAGAUCAUAUGUAAUACGCGUACGAUGGCUGUGCGCGAAGCGACGGAGUGCUGCAGCAGUGACAAUGUGGGCCGGUUGAGUUGCAGUCACUGUGCAUAAAUACGUCGGUGAACUUUGUGAUUCGAUCAUUAGAGGGAACUGUGAAUAAUUGUGCGAGAAUCUGUGCAGCCGUCGCGACGACGAUAACGACGACGACGGCAGCGGUAGUGGUGACGGCAACGGACUUUUUAUGCUCGAAUCAAUAAUUCGGACAACGUAGCAAUAAAAGACUUCUCCGUGAAGAAUUUAUUUCGUCAAGUGACGGUGCGCGAUAAGCGUUUGUCUCCUCUCUCUCUCUCUCUCUCUCUCUUUCUUUCGCUAUCGCGAAUUGUCAAGGUGAUAAGAGGCUGCAGAAGCAAGCACCACCCUCGUUAUUAGCGCCGCGCUACCUAUAUCCGGCGCAUCGACGUACACGCUCGGUCUUCUGGCUGCAGUGAAGCUCGCGACAAGCGACUACGGUGGAUCACGAUGUACGGCGAGAAAGAGUUACAAACAAUGAGAUGCAGACCGCGCAAUCUGACGUAUCGCAGAAAAUGGCCUUUGCGACUGGGUCUCUUUCUGAUCUACGUUUUCGUGCAGUACGUCGCCUCUACAAAGACGUUGUCCGAGACGGCGACAUUCUCUUUAAGUUCCGCUCAGUAUAAAGAGGAUUCGACGUCGGAGUCGACAGAUUAUUCGGUGAACGUUGAGGAGAUAGCAGAAGCUACGUCGAUGGUCUCAACAGUCGUGGAGAAACCUAAGAAGGAAGUUUUCACAGAGGAACCUAAGGAACCUACAGAAGUACCUAAGGACGAAGCAUCGUCGUCGAGAGAGCACGGCACCGAGGAGGCACUAGUGCGAGAUCUGUCACAACAUACCACGAAAUUCCCUAAGAAAGGAAUAGAAGUAGAAGUUCCGCAGAACCAUGGUCGAGAGACUAUUACUACAGUUACUCCCACUACUCAAGCCACGACAAAGUAUCCGUAUUCGACAAUGAGGCCGCGAAGACCCAACUGUUCGGCGCCCGCUAUAGAACAGUUCCCGCGACCGUUGAUGGGUCCCGAGGCUAGAAAACACGGUGGACUCAUAAUACAUAUUCUAGUUGCAAUCUACACGUUCCUGGGCCUUGCUAUCGUAUGCGACGAUUAUUUCGUCUCGAGUCUGGACAGAAUUUGUGAAGAGUUGCGAUUGUCACCUGAUGUUGCCGGAGCCACUUUCAUGGCGGCCGGCUCUUCCGCGCCUGAACUGGCGACGGUGAUCAUCGGCGUGUUUUUCGCCAAAGAUGACAUCGGAGUGAGCGGCGUUAUCGGUAGCGCUGUUUUCAACAUAAUGUUUGUUAUAUCGAUUUGUGGGCUAUGUACCGCGACAGCCUCCAAAUUGAAUUGGUGGCCCCUUUGCCGAGAUUGUUUCUUCUACGCUGUCUCAAUUCUGGUGAUGCUCGGCACGAUCUAUGACGACUCUAUUUCUUGGCUUGAGUCUCUAUUUAUGUUAAUAAUGUAUGCGGUAUACUGCGUAGCGCUCUCUUUCAACGCUAAAUUAGAACGUUGGGCGAAGUCGUACAACAUUCCGUUCCUGCCAAAAGAUGACGAACCAGCCGAAGAGAGUGCUUUGGUGAGUUACAGGUCUUUGCAGGAAGAUCGAUUAUCUUACACAGGUCCGAAUUCACCGGUCACUGAGCAAGUGAAGAAUCAGGAAGGAAACGGUGUUCAGGAAACGAUCGAGCAGCAGCCGACACAACAGCCAGCAAAACAGCCUGAAUAUUAUAAAGCGAAAGAACCUGAUCCUAACGAAGUAUCGCCUCUUGUGAUGCCGACGGACGGUAACAAAUGGACUUUGCUCACUUGGGGCCUCGUCUUUCCUAUUCAUUUCAUGUGCCGUGCAACGAUGCCGGAUUGCCGGCAAGAGAAAUGGCGAAGUUGGUACCCUUUCACCUUUUGCAUAUCGAUGAUCUGGAUCAGCUUUUACAGCUACAUAAUGGUGUGGAUGAUCACGAUUAUUGGGAGUACUCUGGGUAUUCCCGAUACCGUAAUGGGGUUGACUUUCGUAGCCGCUGGUGUGAGCGUACCGGAUGCUCUUUCUUCGUUAGCAGUAAUAAAAGAGGGUCUCGGCGAUAUGGCGGUUAGUAAUGCUGUAGGCAGUAACGUUUUCGACAUUUUAGUAUGCCUCGGCCUCCCGUGGUUCAUUCAAACGGCCAUGAUACAGCCUGGCUCGCAUGUAAACGUUACCAGCAGAGGUUUGACGUAUUCCACUGUUUCCUUGCUAUCGACGGUAAUAUUCCUAGUAUUGGCGACGCAUCUGAACGGGUGGAAAUUGGACAGACGGUACGGUGUAGUCCUGAUGGUCUGGUACUUGAUAUUCAUCGUGUUUGCCUCGCUUUAUGAGCUCAAUGUCUUCGGCGACAUGAAUCCUCCAGUAUGUUCCAGCAAAUUCUAAUACGACUCUGUUCGUUUUGCUUUGCUCAAACGUGGAACGAUCGGAGCAAAGAGUACGAUUUCGGAACCAGAAUUGCCUCGCCCGAUUGGAUCACGAACAAUGACAUGCGAUCGUAGUUCGUCGUAAACGCUCAGCGACUUCGUUCGAUCAUCCCUAUACCCCUUUCUCCUUUUUACUCGAUGACGAAGGUAACGAGAGAGUAAGACUUAGAAGCUAGCUGCAUGUCGGAACAAGUACGAUUUUAGCUUGCUGUGGAAUUGAUCGGCCAUUGUUCAAAGCUUUAGGUAAGAACAAAAAGCUUAUCUCUGAGCUUUUUUUCUUUCUAGUUUGUCGCAUAGAAUCCAGACAAUACGUGCUCACGUAUGAGUACACAGGCAUUGUAUCCUAUUGGUGCUAACGAAAGAGACCAACGAGUAUUUUGCUUGCUUCCAUUCGUGUACGAGUCCAAUCGACACAAAUUACAAACGUUUAUCGUAAUCGAGUCAUGAAAGUACGGAAAUGGUGAAAGUUUUUGGGAUUAUUUUUGAGAUUAUUAAAUCGAUAGAACUUCUCAGACAGACAAUUCGACUGUCAGUAUUAAAGUGUGAUUAUUAUUUAAUACAAAUCUAUGUAUUGGCAACACUUGUUUAAAUAAGAGAUGAACGUUAGCAUACGGACUCGUGUUAUAAGUUAAUUUUUACAAAGUUUCGCAGUUUCAAACCUUAACUCUUAGCCACAGACCGAUGGAAAACGUAAUGUUUCAUAGAGUCACAUCGCGCAUCCAAAUGCCUGAGUACUAUGGAAAGAAUGCGUCUUGACAAUUAAUCGUUUUAUAUCCUAACAUCUAGUGUAUAAAUACAGUAGAAGUUACGACAGCUUAUUAGAAUAGACGUUAGAGGCGUUAUGUCUGCGGCUAAAUGUUAAGAUUGUUAACAGUGCUGUGCGAGAGAACUGUUGGAAAUUGAAAUUAAGUUUAUUUACGUUUCUGUCACGAAACUGUUGGGAAUAUGUGAUACUCAAUGUGUGCAAGAAAAUUGUUUUUCAAAUUGUUAACGUAACGUUAAGCGCGAUCCUUAUCCGACGUGACUACAAAUUUUAAAUAUUUGUAUUUUUAUCGCGAAAUAUACAUAUGUAUGUAUAUAUAUACAUACAUAUGUCUGUAUGUAUAUACAAAGUGUCCCGCCACUACCGCAUUAUCUUUUAAGAACGGAUU